CCCCGUGGCCGGGGUCCAGGGAGCGGCGGUGACCUUGCCCAGAGCCCGGCGGCCUGUGGGGCUGGCGAUGGACCGUCGGGAGCCCUGGUCUCAUGGCCCCGCGGGGAAGGCGCCCCGGCAGGCCCCGCCCCUCCGGAGCCCGAGCAGGGCCUGGGGCCGGCCCAGCACCCAGAGCGGAGGGCAGCAGGCGCGGACUCAGGACUGGGUGUGCGAGCCCCCAGAGAGCAGGCCCGCGAGCCGCCGCGGGAGCGUCAGCAUCGAGGAGCGCCGGCAGCUGGCCACGCAGGACGGCGGGGAGGAGCCGGGCACCGGCGGGCCUGACCCCCACUACAGGGACAUUGCGCAGCUCGUGGCCCAGCUGGUGUCCGAGGACGUGGACAAGGACGUGCUCCUGCCCCACCCACUGAGGUCCUCUGAGUCCGCCCACGCCUUCCACGCCUUCCUGGCCCGGAGCUCGUCUUUCUGGCAGACCACGACUUCGAAGGCGCAGGUCUCGAGGUCACUGCCCUCCUAAGAGACGACUCAGCCCAGUGUCUGUGUUCCAGUGCCUUUCCUGGGGGCCUGGGGUAGGCG